CAUAUAUACGUACAUUUUUUGUUUUAGAUUUUAUAUACAGGUGAUUUUUCACGACAAGAAGAUAGACAUUUAAUGGCUGCUGAAAUACCAAACGUUCAUCCAGAUGUUUUAAUAACGGAAUCAACUUAUGGGACUCAUAUUCAUGAAAAACGCGAAGAACGCGAAAGCAGAUUUACUAAUCUUGUCCAUGAUAUAGUGAAUAGAGGUGGAAGGUGUCUUAUUCCAGUUUUUGCUCUUGGAAGAGCACAAGAAUUGUUACUCAUUUUAGAUGAAUAUUGGAGUCAACAUCCUGAAUUGCACGACAUCCCUAUUUAUUACGCAUCGUCUUUAGCUAAAAAAUGUAUGGCUGUGUAUCAAACUUACAUAAAUGCGAUGAAUGAUCGAAUUCGGCGGCAAAUUGCCAUCAACAAUCCGUUCGUUUUCAAGCACAUUUCAAAUUUAAAAGGUAUUGAUCAUUUUGAAGAUAUAGGUCCGUGUGUAAUAAUGGCAUCACCUGGUAUGAUGCAAAGUGGAUUAUCAAGAGAAUUAUUUGAAUCUUGGUGUACAGAUUCCAAAAACGGAGUGAUUAUAGCAGGUUAUUGUGUUGAAGGAACUUUAGCAAAAACAAUUCUUUCUGAGCCAGAAGAAAUUACAACUAUGCUUGGCCAAAAACUUCCAUUGAAAAUGUCUGUGGAUUACAUAUCAUUUUCGGCACAUACCGAUUAUCAACAAACCAGUGAAUUUAUUCGAAUAUUAAAACCUCCUCAUGUGGUUUUAGUUCAUGGAGAACAAAAUGAAAUGAGUCGACUUAAAGCCGCUUUACAACGUGAAUACGAAGACGAUCCAAACACAGUGAUCCAUCUUCAUAAUCCAAGGAAUACUCACGCGGUUGAAUUGUAUUUCCGCGGUGAAAAAACUGCUAAGGUUAUGGGUACUUUGGCUGUGGAGAGUCCUAAGCCUGGAAAAACAUUAUCUGGAAUAUUAGUAAAAAGGAAUUUUAAUUACCACAUUUUAGCAGCAAAUGAUUUAUCAAAGUAUACCGAUAUGAGUAUGACACAAGUAAUGCAAAGACAAAGUUUACAUUAUUCCGGGUCAAUUGUUGUUUUGCGCCACUUUAUCACUCAAGUAGCUGGACUGGUGGAGACAUUGGAAGGUGAUAAAAAAAUGAGAGCAUUUAACGCUGUUGAUAUAUCAUAUGACAAUAAAAUUAUAAGUUUGGAGUGGGUUGCAAAUCCAACUAAUGAUAUGUACGCCGACGCUUUAGUUGCCGCUAUUUUACAAGCGGAUCUUCUUGAUGCUCCAAUAAAAUCAUCGUCAAUAAGCGCUAAAGUCGAUAGGAUGCAUUUUAAGGAAUGUUUGAUUGAAAUGUUACAAGAUAUGUUUGGAGAAGAUUCUGUACCGAAAAUGUUUAAGGGUGAGAAAUUGUAUGUGACUGUUAAGGAAAAUAGAGCUGAUAUUGAUCUUGCAAAUUUGGAAGUGUCUUGUCCAACAGACGAAACAUUUCAACAAAUUGUACAAACAGCAGUCACUAAACUGUAUCAAUCUUUAGCGCCACCUCAAGUUGAAACAAACAUCUAAUAAUUUAUACCUUCAAAACAUAAACAGUAUAACAUUUUAUUUUGUAAUGGCAAAUUUUAAUCGAAACAAUUCAAUUGAUUUGGCAAUAACAACACAGAAUUAUCCAAAUUCCAAAAUAACCAUGCAACAAUUCCAACUGAUUGAAGAUUACAUUCUUAGUGAAAUAGAUUCAGUUGGUUUUCACAAUAACAUUUCCCCAAAAUUUGAUGAUGCAACAUUAAUAAACGGGAUUGUACACGUUUACUGCGUUGAUAUGGAAACAGCGAAUUGGCUUUGCCCAAAAAUACAAGAUAAAUCAAUU